AAACUGUCUGCGAAAAACUGAUUCAGAAAUCUCUCUUAAAUGAUCUUCGACGAUGAUUCAGAAAUCGGAUCCUUACAUUUUGAUCGUCAAUGGCGGCUUCCGUUUCAGUCCGCGAACUCCCGCUCUUGUCUCUGUUAUCCAUCGCUCUCGCUGCAGCGCCGUUGGUUUCUUCGCGUCAUUUCCACGUCGGUGAAACCAGAGGCUGGUCGAACCCUAAUGGAAGCGGAAACCACACCGAGAGCUUCAGCUUUUGGGCCUCACAAUACCGCUUCCAUGUUGGCGACACUCUCUAUUUCAUGUACCGAAACGACUCGGUUCUGGUGGUGAACUACACGAAUUACAGAGACUGCAUCAUCUCCGAUCCGGUCGCGAAGUUCGACAACGGAAGUGGCAACGGCACCGUUUUCCGAUUGGAUCGAGACGGAGAUUUGUAUUUCAUCAGUGGAGAUAGAGAGCAUUGUGAGAACGGACAGAAAUUAGCGGUGCGAGUAGUGAUGAAUGAUCAUGAUGAAAGUUCGCCUUCGCCUGAGGGAUUGGAGUUGUGGAAUUGGGGACCGCCGUCGUUGAACUCGACGGUGAAGGCGACGUUGGCGUCGUACUUCGCGACGGCGAUCGGAGGUUUUCUAAUUGUUCUGUAUUUACUCACUUAGGGUUAGGGAUUUGGAAUUUGAUUUAUUCGCUGUUAUGUUCUCCACUUAGUCCCAUGUAAAUAUUUUCAAAUAAA